GUUGAAAAAGACACCAUGAAGAAUUACCACAUAGCGUCAGAGAAAAUUAACCCAGAGGCCAGUCGCUACCCUUACUGUGUUGUCUGGACACCUAUCCCCGUGUUAUCGCAUCUUACUCUGAUCUGUCUUACAUGGACUUAGCCAAAGAUGACGGUGUGACGGCUAAUAUUUUUAGAUGGCUGCUUCCAUUCAUUGGUCACAUGGGAAUCUGCACUUCCACUGGAGUCAUCCGGGACUUUGCUGGACCUUACUUUGUCUCAGAAGAUAACAUGGCUUUUGGAAGACCAACAAAAUACUGGAUGCUUGAUGUUAGCAAAGUCUACGCUAGUGGCUCCAAUGCCUGGGACACAGCAGUACACGAUGCUUCGGAGGAGUAUAAGCACAGGAUGCACAACCUCUGCUGUGACAACUGUCACUCACAUGUUGCCAUGGCUCUUAAUCUGAUGCGAUAUGAAAACAGUACCUCAUGGAACAUGGUCAACCUCUGCCUCCUCGCUCUGAUCCAUGGAAAGCAUGUCAGCUGUGCAGGCUUUCUGAAGACCUGGCUGCCUUUCCUGAUGCUGAUGGGCAUCAUCCUUACAGUGGCCCUGGCCCUCAACCUCCGGUGACCUGGGAGACAGGUUAAGGAGACACAGUUGAACCCCUGCAGGUCGGAUGUUCAGUUGACCUUUUAAACAACGAGGGGGGCAACACACGGUGUCAAGUGAAAGUAACCGAGGAGAUAAAGACUACUCACCUCCGAGAGAAUGUUGAACAGGAAUGUCCAACACAUGUACACCAACACAUGCUCGCUGUGAGGGAAGCAGACAACCUGUCACUGGCUUUACUCCAGCGGUGAAGCUGGAAUGCGAUGGAAAUUCAUUUAUACUCAGUUAUUUUGAGAGAAGGGACUGAACUCCCCCACCACCACAACUACCAGGACCACACAAACACACUUGAUGGAUUAUGUUUAUUGAAAGCCUAACAGCAGGUUUAAGCCAUCGCCACCUGCAAAGUGUAGAAGAUGUGUAGCUGUAUUCAUAGUUGAAGAGUCCAUUGUUGAAUCCUCUGGAGGAAACGCAUCCAUGCCUUGCUUUCACAUUUUGAUGAUCUUACUUUGUAAUGGAUUGGGAGUGUAAUCCCAUGAGUCAGUGCUUCCAGAAUGCCAUUUUUAUAGCCAAUCAGGGAGCACAAACAUUCUACAUCAAUUAGAUGCCUUUCUAGGGAAUUUAUUGCAUUUCAUGCUUGAUCUAAUGUAGCUCUUCUACAGUAUUGCAAAUUAUAUAUAUGCCAGAGCAGUUUGUAUUUUUGUGCAUUUUCUUACUUGUACGCAGACUAACUCCAUAGGAUAUCAGAAAGUCUGCAUCUUCUAAAAAGAAAUAUUUUCUCAGAGAUAUCUUAUACAUGCAUUACAUGUAUCGCCUCAUGAUACUACUUCAGUAGGUUUACGAUAAAUGUUUUCAUACCUUUAACUACAGAUCAUCAGUGCAAUGAUUGUAGCAACCUCAAUGAAUGUGGCUGUGGAAAAUACCUAGAGAAACCAACAGAAUAGUGAAGCUCCGUUUAGUUUUCUAUGCCUGUGCCAAAUGUAGAAAAAAUGGCAGACCAACUCAAACUGUGUCCUUUUUAAUAUGUAACAUUAACUUUGGAGUCACUGAUGUCUCCAAAGUUAUUGAAUGAAAAAGCGCAUUGAUGUCAUAGUUAUGAAACCUUGUGUAAUCUUUAUGUUCAGCCUGAGAGAUGUUCUGUUGUUUUUUUUUCAUCACUAAUUUUGACUUUAUGGGAAGAAUCAAGUGCCAGUGCCUAAGAUCCCUUAAAUAUCAUAUUUUCAUUUGUUUUUGAUGCAUUUAAAAAAAAUCCUUAAUUCCACAUUGAUGGUUGGCGCUCGAAAUCCGUUGCCAUGGCUCUCGUGAGUAAAUUCAAAUCCCCUCAUUGUUUGCAAUCAAACAGAAAAAAGUGUUGAGCCCUCUCUUUGUCCACGGUGCUGCCAGAAGCAGCAGGUAGCCAGGAUCCUCAGGUUUUUCACGCUCACCAACCCCUGCUGAAUAUUCUCAUUUUCCCCAGCGCCUGACCAGCGUCGCUCCUGCUGUUUUCCAACUCUGCAGAUCAGAUUCGAAGGUCAUUGUGAAAUGUCAGCGCUGUUUCACAAAGCUUUGAUAUAUACUGGCCAACAUCCUGCAAUAAUCCGAGGUGGAUGUCAUUUUAAAUGUGAGCUUCUCAUUUAGAAUCCGUUUUAUUUUCUGUAGUAAGGGUUCAAUGCUAGGUAGGGCUAACACUGUGCCAGUUUUCUAGACUACGCUCUUCUCAGUGAGUUUCUGUUGAAUGCGGAUAUUCUUUGGCCUCUUAUGUGUAUUUCACCCAUGUUGCCUGUAAAUGUUUGAACCCACAUUAUACUGUACACCAGGUGCUCUUUAUAUACUUUGCUCUCUCUACACAUUUAUCUUUUGAAUAAUAUACUGUGUAAUUUUUGUUCUCUUUACUCUACUUCUGCAUAUCAUCUCUGCUUUGCAGUGAAGCAGAUUCGUGCCUGAAUGUGUCUGUCUGUGUGUCUGGGUCUGGGCCUGGGUCUGGGCGUCUGGGUCUGUGUGUGCGCGCGCACGUGCGUGUCUCUUAGUCAUGCUCAAGAUUGGAGAGAGCAUGUGAUUGCAUGCCAGCAUGUGUGUAUUGCAUGCAUGCAAGAAUACGAGCGUUUGUGGAAGCGGUUCAUGGGUGACUCAUACUGUGGCCUCUUGAUGAAUAAUCAGCUGCAUUUCAUUGUAGCCAACUGCCUAGUUAUUGAUUUCUAUAUUUAUCACUCCACAUUUUUUUUUCUCUUAAUCUGUUUUAAUUGUUAUGUGAUUGCUGGUAAACCUUAUCAAGAAUAAAUAAUAAAUUAGACUGUAAAAGGCCUAUGUAAGUUGAUGCUGAUUCGAUCCAAUAGCCUGUAUUGUAUGUAGCUCCAGAUUCUGUACAUGAGAGCUGGAGAGUCAUUUUCUCAACGCAUUAAAACAAGGAAACAAAGAAAGACAUGGAGAAGCUGGCCUGUAUUUGAGAAGUGGAAAAUUGUCUAUAUAAAAACACAUUGUUUAGGGAAUAUUUUAAACCUUUUUUUGCUGUGACAUCUCAUGUCUUUUUUUUGUCACUAGUAACUACUGUUAAGACAGAACUACCUUUUCAUUGUAAAUAUGUCUCUUUGCUCUAAAGUCUCAAAUAUAUUUUAAAUUAUUGGAAAAUUAAAAAAUUGGACUCUUAGCCUCACAUUCAUAGUAUUGUUACUACGAGCAGCAUAUGUUUAAAAAAAAAUCUGGAAAUAUGCUCAUUAUACCUAAACUAAAGUGACAUUUUACAUCUCUGUCCAAACUUAGUGAAUGUGACUGGUGAAAAUACCUAUAGAAACAAACAGAAAAGUGAAAAUCCCUUUGGUUCUCUGUAAUUGAGCUAAAUGUCAGAAAAUUGGAGCCAAACUUGAAUAUGUCACUUGUUCUUAAGUGAAACAGCUCAUUCAUUACAUCUAGAGCUAUGGGAGGUAAUGAAUGAAUAGCCCUUUGAGAUCAGCCCAUGAAACUCCCAACAUUGUCAUUUUACUGCUUCUCACGUAUAAAUAUAUAAGUAUAUUUUAGGAAGAGAGAUAGAAAUUGUGCAGAUAAAUAGUAGACCAGUCCUUUAUAGGAGUGCAUGUGCAAAAAUGCAAUAUUCAGUGGGGAUCGUUUGAACGGGUUUAUGUGGCCUGCUUCGGUGCCUUGUUGUAUCCAAGAGCCAGGUCCAGGAAUGUGAAGACCUGUGGUCCCAGCGAUUCAGGCCGUUGACAAAAGGCAGUUGGGAUGCUAUUAUUCCUGCCACUAUCCAUAUAUACUUGUACCAGUCUGUAAUUUCCAAACCCUCUUUUGUUCCUCAAAUCCCCAAAAUAUCUUUUAUGCUGCAGAUCAAAUAGGCCACUGGGAAUUCUAAGAUUGCUCCAAGUGACUGUGUGAACUCUGAAUGUGUUUAUGACUUACAGCUAUAAU